AUGAGUCAGACGCUGCUGUUGUCACACAUGUACCCCAAUACUCCAGAGUCCUUGGCUCUCGCCAAUGAUGAGCCCUGGGAUGACGACAUGUACGACCGUGCACAGGCACAUUUGGAAGCCUUUUAUGUGGAAGUGUUCCUGGAGUUGGCCAACUAUGGAGAGAUUGAGGACCAAAUUUGGCACCUGGACUUGGUGGUGGUAGAUAACUUGUGUGACCACAUGAUUGGUAAUGUCUAUGUGAAGUACUACCACGAGGAGGAUGCGGAGCGUGCCCUGAUGAAGCUGACAGGCCGUUUCUACAGCGGGAAGUUGAUCCAAGCCGAGUACACCACGGUGAGCGAUUUCCGUGAGGCGCGCUGCCGAGCCUUUCACGAGACCCGUUGCAAUCGUGGCGCCUACUGCAAUUUCAUGCACAUCAAGCACAUUCCUCGUGCCAUCAAGCGUCGCGUGGUGCGAGAGAUGUACGAUGAUCACCCUGAGUACCUCGGGCAAACGGAGAAGGACCGUGAUCGCGAUCGUGGUGAGCGCGGUGAGGCCCCGCCUGCACGACAGACGUCAGAAGAACGACGUGCCAUGAUCGCCUCUUGGAAUGCGGAGAAGGAGACUUGGCUUGAAUAG